CUUCCAAACUAAUUUGUAUCUGGACAUAGUUUUUAAAAAUGUUAGUAAACAGUAUGCUUCUACUUUAAGUUUGAAGUAAAGGAAUAUAAUAGCCAAAAUGGAUUUAACGCUUUUUCAGUGGAUGGCUUCAUUUAUCAAUUUAAUUCUGCUUCAAAGGCUUAUUUAAAAUAAAUUUGUAUUAGUUAUAUUCUUGUUCUUUGGAUUUGAAAAAUUUUGAUGCAACUACACAAUGUGCUUCUGAAAGAAAUGUAUAAAAUAACUUUUAAAUGAGGUAAAAGCAUACUCUGGUGGUUACUGGAAUGAAACUUCAAAUUCCCAUAUUUUGCUUUGCCUUUCGUAAAACGUAAACUACAGAAAAGAUUCUCUUGUAUUAUUUUAAGAGAGGCUGUCUGGCAUGUGAUUGAGAGCACAGAAUCUGGAGCCUGACUGUCCUGAUUUGUAAUCCUAGAUUCACUAUGACUGUGUAAUCUUACACAAGUUACCUCUCUGUGCCUUAGUUCCUUCAUCUGUCGUGUGUAGUAAGGAUGCCUAUACGUGUCAUAUGAUCUGUAAAUCCCUUAGAAAGGUGCCUGCAUAGUAAGUGCUCUUUGUGUUUGCUGUUAUUUUCGAGUAUAAUAGCUUCAGGACCUUAUUAACUAAAGGAAGACAUUGUGGCCAAAUAAUUAAAAUUAGCAAGUUCUUAUUUUUGAUGCCUAGAAAACAGAUAAGCAACCUUUAAAUUAUGCUUGAAAAUAAGAAAUAAGAUUCAUAGGAAUUUUCAGAUUUCACUCUGAUCAAAGAAACUCGUGGAAUUCUAAAAGUAGUGGAGUUUGAGGGAUGUAGGGUUGAGGUCGCAUUCAGAAUGAAAAUCAUAAGAAAAUAAGUCCCAAUAAGGGACUUGUUCAAUCAGAAAAGCAAUUUGUGGGGAGGAUAUGUCCUAGAGACAGUGGAUUGCUGGAAUGGGCUUCAGACAAUACAAGGCAUAAUUCACCAUAGUGAAUUUUUUAAAGGCAUAAAAUUAUACAAGCAACCAGGGGUACAACGAAAUAUAUUUAUUGUUAGCCCUCAGUUUCUUCAAAAUUUCAGUAAACCAGAAUACCCAUUCUCUAAAUCUUUAAAUUCUAGUUUUGUUAUAUUCAUUAUCAUUGAUUAUUCUGGUUUUAAUAUGAUGAAAAGUUUUGUACAUGUAUUUCUUCAGUGGCAGUUUUUUGUACAUUUAUUUCUUUGGUGGCAGAAAGCCUGCGUGAAAUCUUUAGGACUCACUUUAUAUACAGAGCAAAAGUAAAUUCAUGCAGAGCCCAUUUGUCAACUUUAUUUUGAUUUAAACUUCUUUUAAAAAAAAAAAAGGACAAGCACUUCACACCAACAGCAAGUUAUGUGUAAGAGCUCUCCUAAUUCUCAUCAGCUACAGAAGCAUAUUUUGGACACAGUCAAGAUUUGGUCCUUUUAAAAAGUUUUCUUUAGGAGAGAAAGCUUGGAAGAAUUCUAAUUUGUUAGUCUCUCCAGAGUUGUUCUAAACAAUUGGAUUAAAAACUUUAGCCGUUGGCUGCAGAUAAGGUCCCUUUACAUGGCAGUUAUUGCAUUUCAUCAGAGAGUAACAAAAACCCAAACGUUUAAUUUUGUUUUUUAUUUGGCAAAGAAGUGCAAUCUGAAAGCAUGAAAUAGCCAAGGGAAAAUUUUUAUUUCUGGUAUCUCUUACUUGACGUACAUUGAACCCAGAGUUUAGGUGCUAACUUUUGACUUUGUGUUUUAAGGUAUUGUGGGUUGAAUUGUGUGUUGUCUCCCCCACCCCCAAAAGAUAUGUUGGAGUCUUAACCCCUCAGAAUGUGACUUCAUUUGGAGAUAGGGUCUUUAGAGAUGAUAAAGUGAGAUGAUUAGGGUGGGCCUACUCUAGUAUGGCUGCUGUCCUUAUAAAAAAAAAGUAAAUUUGGACACACAUGCACAGGGAGAACACCAUGGGAAGAUGAAGGCAGAGAUUGGGGUGAUAGUUCUACAAGCCAAGAAAUGUCAAAGAUUAACAGCAAACCACCAGAAACAAGGAGAGGCAUGAACAGAUUCUCUCCCUCAGCCCUCAGAAGGAACCAGGCCUAUGGACACCUUGAUCUGGGACUUCGAGCCUCCAAAACUGGAACGUUAAAUUUCUUCAAGCCACCCAGUUUGUGGUACUUCACUAUGGCAGCCCUAGAAAACAAAUGCAUAAGAAUCCAUGUUCUGGUGGCAUCACUAUUGAAAAUGGGUGCUGAAGCAAAAUUAAAUGUGGCUCCUCCUUUGUGCAAUAAAAGGGUCUCAGUAGAAAUGGUUUUGGUUAAGAAACGAAGGAGUCCUGGCCUCUGGGGAUGAGGGGAGGGGUUCUUUGCUGUGGUUGAAAUGCUUAUAACACCCAUGCAUCUGUGUAAUUGAGCUGUGCCUCCAGUGGCUUCCUGGGCUUAUCAGCCCCUCAGAACUUAGCUUUUUCUUUUUAGGCUGCCAGUUACUAAAUUAGCUGUAUCGUUCUCAACUCAAGGACUUUCCAGGAGUUGGCAGUGGCAGAAUAUUCAGCACUGAGGAGAGGCGUUUCUGCAGCAGCCCCUGCUCUGAUGGGAACAUGAGCGUUUGUCUCUGGCCAUUUCACCCUGUAAAGUUAUCUUCACCCAAAUUCAAACUGGAUGUUUGAUCAAGAGAAAAGUCGUUUCAGAGGGGACACGGGAUAUCAGCAUGAACAACAUUACUCAGUUACCAGAAGAUGCAUUUAAGAACUUCCCUUUUCUAGAGGAGCUACGACUGGCUGGCAACGACCUUUCUUUUAUCCACCCAAAGGCCUUGUCGGGGUUGAAAGAACUCAAAGUUCUAACUCUCCAGAACAACCAGUUGAAAACAGUACCCAGUGAAGCCAUUCGAGGACUGAGUGCUCUGCAGUCUUUGCGUCUAGAUGCCAACCAUAUCACCGCAGUGCCUGAGGACAGUUUUGAGGGGCUCACUCAGUUACGGCAUCUGUGGCUGGAUGACAACAGUUUGACAGAGGUGCCAGUGCAUCCCCUCAGCAAUCUGCCGACCCUGCAGGCGCUGACCUUGGCUCUCAACAAAAUCUCCAGCAUCCCGGAUUUUGCAUUUACUAACCUGUCCAGCCUGGUGGUUCUGCAUCUUCAUAACAAUAAAAUUAAAAGCCUGGGUCAACACUGUUUCGAGGGACUCGAUAACCUGGAGACCUUGGACUUGAACUAUAAUAAUUUGGGGGAAUUUCCUCAGGCAAUUAAAGCCCUUCCCAGCCUAAAAGAGCUGUUAUUUCACAGUAAUUCUAUUUCUGUUAUUCCUGAUGGAGCAUUUGAUGGUAAUCCACUCUUAAGAACUGUACAUUUGUAUGAUAAUCCUCUAUCUUUUGUGGGGAACUCAGCAUUUCACAAUUUAUCUGAUCUGCAUUCCUUAGUCAUUCGUGGUGCAAGCAUGGUACAGCGGUUUCCCAAUCUGACUGGAACUGCCCAUCUGGAGAGUCUGACCUUGACCGGUACAAAGGUAAGCAGCAUAUCCAGUAAUUUGUGCCAAGAACAGAAGAUGCUUAGGACUUUGGACUUAUCUUACAACAAUAUAAAAGACCUUCCCAGCUUUAAUGGUUGCCAUGCUCUGGAAGAAAUUUCUUUGCAACGUAAUCAGAUCCACCAAAUAAAGGAAGAUACUUUUCAAGGCCUGACAUCCCUAAGGAUUCUAGAUCUGAGUAGAAACCUGAUCCAUGAAAUUCACGACAGAGCUUUUGCCAAGCUUGGGUCAAUAACUAACCUAGAUAUAAGUUUCAAUGAAUUAACUUCAUUUCCAACGGAAGGCCUAAAUGGACUAAAUCAGCUGAAACUUGUGGGCAACUUCAAGCUGAAAGAAGCCUUAGCAGCAAAAGACUUUGUUAAUCUCAGGUCUUUAUCUGUACCAUAUGCUUAUCAGUGUUGUGCAUUUUGGGGUUGUGACUCUUAUGCACAUUCAAGCACAGAAGAUAACAGCCUCCAAGAUCACAGUGUGGCAAAGGAUAAAGGUCCCACUGACCUAGCAGUUGUCACCAGCAGUGCUGAAAAGGAGGAGCACAGUCAAAUCAUUAUCCACUGUACACCCUCGACAGGUGCUUUUAAGCCCUGUGAACAUUUACUGGGAAGCUGGAUGAUCCGUCUUACUGUGUGGUUCAUUUUCUUGGUUGCAUUGCUUUUCAACCUGCUUGUCAUUUUAACAACAUUUGCAUCUUGUACAUCACUGCCUUCCUCCAAACUGUUCAUAGGCUUGAUUUCUGUAUCUAACUUAUUUAUGGGAGCCUAUACCGGCAUCUUAACUUUCCUGGAUGCUGUGUCCUGGGGCCGAUUUGCCGAAUUUGGCAUUUGGUGGGAGAUUGGCAGUGGCUGCAAAAUAGCUGGGUUUCUUGCCGUUUUCUCCUCAGAGAGUGCCAUAUUUUUAUUAAUGUUAGCGGCCGUCGAAAGAAGCUUAUCUGCAAAAGAUAUAAUGAAAAAUGGGAAAAGCAAUCAUCUCAGACAGUUCCGGAUUGCUGCCCUGUUUGCUCUUCUGGGUGCGGCUGUAGCAGGCUGUUUUCCCCUUUUCCACGGAGGGGAAUAUUCUGCAUCACCUCUGUGCUUGCCAUUUCCCACAGGAGAGACCCCAUCAUUGGGAUUUACUGUAACCUUAGUGCUGUUAAACUCACUAGCAUUUUUAUUAAUGGCCAUCAUCUACACUAAACUCUACUGCAACUUGGAAAAAGAAGACCUUUCAGAGAACUCACAUUCUAGCAUGAUUAAGCAUGUUGCCUGGCUCAUCUUCACCAACUGCAUCUUUUUCUGCCCCGUAGCCUUUUUCUCGUUUGCGCCAUUGAUCACUGCCAUCUCUAUCAGCCCCGAAAUAAUGAAGUCUGUUACUCUGAUAUUUUUCCCAUUGCCUGCUUGCCUGAAUCCAGUCCUGUAUGUCUUCUUCAACCCAAAGUUUAAAGAAGACUGGAAGUUACUGAAGCGACAUAUUACCAAGAAAAACGGAUCCGUGUCGGUUUCCGUCAGCAGCCAAGCUGGUUGUGUGGAACAGGAUUUCUACUAUGACUGCGGCAUGUACUCACACUUGCAGGGUAACCUGACUGUGUGUGACUGCUGUGAAUCCUUUCUGUUGACCAAGCCAGUGUCCUGCAAACACUUAAUAAAAUCACACAGCUGUCCUGCCUUGGCAGUGGGUUCUUGCCAAAGACCUGACGGCUAUUGGUCCGACUGUGGCACGCAGUCUGCCCAUUCUGACUACGCAGAUGAAGAAGAUUCCUUUGUCUCGGACAGUUCUGACCAGGUGCAGGCCUGUGGACGAGCCUGCUUCUAUCAGAGUCGAGGAUUCCCUUUGGUGCGCUAUGCUUACAAUCUCCCAAGAGUUAAAGACUGAAUCAGUGUGUUUGUGACUGUUUCCCCCAUCAACCCAAAUCACAGUGUUUAUAGAAUGAACCCUAGUCUGAUCUCUCAUCUGGGAAGCACUUCUGUGAUCACUGCCUGGUGUCACUUAGAAGAAGGAGAAAGGCGGCAGUUUAUUUCUUAAACCAGACCUUUGCAAAGAACAAGUGCCUAAACUAUCAAUGGAUGAAAAAAUGCAGUGUCCAAGCAAUGUGUAGUCUAUUUGAAACAAAUGUAUAACUUGAAAAAGAUUCUAUGUAUAUCAUAGCAAUAUAGCGUUAGGUUUUUCUGAUCCACAAGAAGCAAAUUUAUACCUAUUUCUGAAUUAAGCACAAGAUAAAGAACAGCUGUUAAUAUUUUUUUAAGAAUAUUUUAAAUGGUGAUUUUGUAUAAUUGAAGAAAAAGUCUUGCUAAUUUUACCUAAUGUUUCAUCAUUAAUCUCAGGACAACUUACUGCAGGGCCAAAAAAAGGGAUUGUUUCCCAGAUAGGACUCUGAGAGUGCAUGUAGGCAUCAUCGUCUGGCAUUGUCUAAUCCAUCUCUGACAUAAUAGAGAUUGUUUAAGAGAUUUAAAUCUAAAACCUGAAGAUGUUUUUAAAACAAUAUUAACAACUGUUAGAUUUUAAAAGAAUAACCGAACACAUUUGUUUUCAGUCAUUAUACACUGCUUUGUUUCAAUCACAGUAAUUUUUUCUUCAGUGUUUUGUGAUCACACUAUUAGGAAAAAGUAAAGGGCUUAUUGCUGUGUGAAUUAGUAGAUUUGGCUAAACUACUUACAUGGGACUUUAAAAGUAUCUGAGGGAUUCGAUGGCUCCGUGUAAUGUUCUCAUUGAUAAAACACGUCCUAAUAUCCUUGGAGCUAUCAGUAUUUUCCAGUUUUGUUGGUCUGUGAUCUACCUAUAGUUUAAAUUAUACAGAAAGUAAAUUGUGGCAAGUGAUUUCAUUUAGUUGGAAGAAAUUGGGAGUAAUUAUGACACAAAGCACUUACAUUUAUUAGUGAGCUGGAUUCUCCUGAACCUAUACUAUUAUAUGGAAGCUGCCAUACAUUUUCCCCCUUACUUUGAUUUACAAGAGCCUGUGCAACAGCUCAGGAACGGUGUUCUUGUGAGACAAGCCAAAUAUGUCACUAAGGCAAAAAAAAGGCAUAAAGCUUAGGCCUGACAAGCCAAAUAUGUCACUAAGGAGAAAAUAAAAGGCAUAAAGCUUAGGCGUGUAUCUUUAAAAAUCAAAAAUUGUACUUGAUUCUCACCUAUGGACUUCUGACAUGUUCACUACGUGGAGUCUUAAAGUUAUAAAGGUUCAAUAUGUGUUUUGAACAAUAUGCUAAAUCAGUAGCAAACCCACUGCCAUAUUAGUUGUUCAGGAGAUACUAAAAGACAUUAAGCUAGACUGCAGUUUAAAAAUUAAACUGUAUAUAAUGUGCAUAUAAUGAAUUUUUAUCUUAUGUAAAUUAUUUUUAGAACACAAGUUGGGAAAUGUGGCUUCUGUUCAUUUCGUUUAAUUAAAGCUACCUCCUAAACUAUAGUGGCUGCCAGUAGCAGAAUGUUAAAUUGUGGUUUAUAUACUUUUUGCAUUGUAAAUAGUCUUGGUUGUAUAUUGUCAGUGUAAUAAAAACAGAAUCUUUGUAUAUCAAAAUCAUGUAGUUUGUAUAAAAUGUGGGAGGGAUUUAUUUACAGUGUGUUGUAAUUUUGUAAGGCCAACUAUUCACAAGUUUUUAAAAUUGCUAUCAUGUUUGUAUAUUUACACAUCUGAUAAAUAUUAAAUCAUAACUUGGUAAAAA